CGUAGCCUCUUCGCUUUAUACGCAUGCGCAUAGUUGCGGAAGCAGUUGGCCGUUUGUGUGAGAAGAUAUGGGCAGUCAAACAAAACAGUUUCCAGUUUUUACACCUGUGACUGGCCUCAGCUUGCGUUCUCCUUCUCCAUAAUGGCCCCCUCCUCUUCCGCAUCCUCCUCCUGCCGUUGUUGCUUUUCACGACUAUGCUUAAGAUCUUCAGCCUACACCUUGGCACUGGGCCUGGGUUUCGUCACCUUGGGAACCAGUCGCAUACUAUUACUAAAAUAUUCAGCCAAUGAAGAAAACAAAUAUGACUUUCUCCCUGCCUCUGUUAAUUUAAUGGCAGAGGCCAUCAAACUAGUAUUUUGUUUAGUGAUGUCAGUACGGGUUGUCCUUCGAGAGGGCCGCUCAUAUAAAGAUUUGGGAUGUGCCUCUUUUCUCAGUUAUUUGAAAUGGUCUGUCCCUGCAUUCCUCUACUUCCUUGACAAUCUUCUAAUCUUCUAUGUGAUGACCUAUUUGCAACCUGCCAUGGCUGUAUUGUUUUCCAAUAUUGUUAUUUUUACAACUGCCAUUCUUUUCAGAGUGGUUCUGAAGAGGCGCUUGUCCUGGGUACAGUGGGCAUCUUUGAUCAUUUUGUUCUUGUCCAUUGUGUCACUGACCACUGGCAAUGGUGACCAGCAUUCCAUUGCUUUACAUGGCCUCCACCCAGCCCACAUUUCCAACCCCACAAACAGCUGCCUGAAAUAUGCCCAUUCCAAGUUGGAGCAUCACAACCAUACCGAAUCAGAGUGGAUGAACGGCUUGCCACGUGAGCUGUGGGACAGCCAGCUCAUCCACAAGCUCAACAGCUUUGGCUUGGGAUACAUCCUGCUGCUGCUGCAGUGCUUCAUCUCUGCUCUGGCCAACAUCUACAAUGAGAAGAUCCUCAAGGAAGGGGAGCAGCUGGUGGAGAGCAUAUUUAUCCAGAACAGCAAGCUGUAUGUCUUCGGUCUGAUCUUCAACAGUCUCACAUUGCUCCUGCACUCUGAUUACCGUGAUUUAACGCUGCACUGCGGCCUCCUUUAUGGCCACAACGUCUUCUCUAUCGCUCUGGUCUUUGUCACUGCUGCUCUAGGUCUCUCUGUGGCUUUCAUCCUCAAGUUCCGUGAUAACAUGUUUCAUGUGCUGACGGGCCAGAUCACCACAGUGAUUGUCAUGGCGCUCUCACCCUUCCUUUUUGACUUUCGUCCAUCGAUGGAUUUCUUCCUGCAGGCGCCUGUAGUACUGCUAGCCAUCUUUAUCUACCACAGCAGUAAACUAAAGGAUCCAGAGUACACUCUGCAACAGGAGAGGCUUAGGGUCAUCAACGGUGAAGUGUUUGAGAGGUCAAGAGGGGAUGGAGAAGAGUUAGAGAGACUAACCAAGGCCAACACGGACAGCGAUUCGGAAGAGGAGUCUUUUUAAUUCCGUUUUGAACCCAUCUCUGUAAAUACUUUGUAAAUAAAAUGGAAUCAGCCUGUAUAUGCAUUAUAUGUAUUAAAAUGAAUUAAGGAAGUAAAGUACAUAGUUUCAAGUGCGUUGUUUCAGUUCCAUGGAAUGUCUAGGGGACAAGCUAAGGAAUCAGAUUGUUAUUAUUAUUGGCCUUUUCUUACAAACUGUUCAUGUAAAUAUUAUGAGCAUUUAUUAACCUCAGGAGGGUUUGCAAGAUAGUACAUUUGGUUGGACUGUUCCUCAUUGGUUCAGAGUAAAUAUGAAUAGGACCUAGGAUGACAGAAACAGCUGGUAUUAAAUGUGCACUUUUUGUUUGUGUCAUCUAGGAUUUAAACAUCGACACCUAGUGAUGUGGAUCAUUCAAAAUCAAUAGUUUAUUUACAAUCUAUUUAUAGCCAUGAUUAAUUUAAUCAAAGAGUGAAAUUAUCCUAUAAGAAGGUAACUGAGAUUUAGUAUUCAUCUGGUCAUGUUUUUCUAAAAAUGGCAGCCCUCAUAUGGGUGGCCCUGACCCAUGUAAAAUAAAACUGCUUUUAUAAGGUUACUGAUAUGAAUA